AUGAGGUUGCAAGAUAGUAGACCCGACUUUCCAGAAUUUGUUAACAACUUUUGGGGCUCUUCUCCAGAGGCCAGUUUCAGUAUAAUCACAACAAGGAUUAAGGAUGCAUUGUCAACGCUAAACGAACUAAUACAGUUUUACCAUGAGAAGGUGAAUCUCGAGAAGGACCAUUCCAAACGAUUAGAGAGACUUUCGUCUAAAUUCCCCUUGGGGACGCAUGAAACAGGCUCAAUGAAGAAAUCGCUUGACAAGCUACACAUCGAGAACCAAUUCAUGAUUGAUUGUAAUACAAAGUUUAUAAAAUCAGUACUGGAGUCCAAUUUGGAGAAACUAGAACAAUUUCACAGUCUAUAUGUCAAAAAAGUCGACAAGUUGAAACAUCAUAUGCACAAGGUUAUACUAAAGCGAGCUUCGGCAUUGAAGGAUUUACAUCAUUAUAAAGAUAAAUAUCAAGAAGAAUGCCGAGCAAUCAAAUCACUAAAGUUGUCAUUACAAACAACCUGGGGCAAAGAGUUGGAAAAGAAUGAGAGCAAAUUUCAAAAAUUGACAAGUUCAAUAAAGCAAACUGCAAAGCACUAUCAAUAUGCCAUAUCUGUGUACAAAGACAUUAACGAAAUUUACAAAAGGGACUGGACUAUUUCAAUAAAUGACUUUUAUAAGUUAGAAAUCGAGAGGAUUCAAGUGAUGAAGAUUAAUUGUUUCACCUAUUGCAACAACAUAGCUACGUUAUGUGUUGAUCUAGACCAAUCGGUCGAUUUAGCAAGAUCUACAUUUGCUUUGGUACAACCGCAGAUGGAUAUACAAGAGUUCAGUGACAACUACGGAACGGGGAAUAAGGUAUACGACGAUCCGCCUUUUGUUGAUUACAUGACUGGAUGCGAUGAGCCCACCAUUGGUUACAAGCUACUGGCGUUGCAUAACCCUGAUCACAACGAAAUACUAUCGAGAACGUACUCGACUUACUCGUCCUCAUCGCACAAGACUACAGGGACUAUACCGUCUUCGGCUCACACUGACCAGUAUAAUGAUGACAACGAAUCUCGGGUACCACAGUACUCUCCUACCAAGGCCACGCCGGCAGAUUAUCAUCAUGAAAUGACGCCAACUCCCAAAGCCAAGUUGUAUAAUAGCAAUGCCCCCCUCUCAAAAGAUUUACCUCCAAUAUCGAAUGGUCAUCAUGAAACAACACCAACACCAAGGACAAAAUUAUUCACCACAACACCAGCCAAGGACCUUCCGCCAAUAUCCAAUGGACACCUUGAAAUGACACCUACUCCUAGGGCCAAUAUUUUUAAUAACAACUCUCCACACAAAAUGCUUGCUCCUCCUACAGUAUCACCGUCAAGUUUGCCAUCACCAUCAUCGAAGCUAUCGCCGUACAAACACCACCAGACACCCUCGAGGAAGCCACCAAUUGAUCUAGUUUCCCACAAGACCCAUUCGACAGUCAGUUCAAAUCCUGAAAAUGAUUUAUUUUCAACUAAAGAAGAUCGAUUAACCAAUAGCCAAGGAUCAUCCAACUAUAGUUCUGACCGGAAUUGGGCUUCGCCAAGACGAAGAGAAAAACAAUUGCAAGAGAUGCAAGAUCAAAUCACACGUAGAGCAACUAAUGAAUUCAACAAGCGUCGUCAACAUGCACAUGCAGAAGAUGCACCUAAGCCACAAACUAAAGUACCGAUAAUGAAGGAUUUCUCUAUUGAUUUCAUUGCCAAGGCAUUGGAGGAUUUGAACUCGGGUGGUGAUGGCGAUGUCAACCAAUUCAGAAGGUCAGUGAGGAGUAAUGGGUCAAGUCCAGUCAAACCUAGACCUAAAUCAGAUUACAUUGAUGAUCACGAUGAAGUUGCACAACGUUAUGAUUCUAUCAAUUUUUCGCGCCCUAAGUCGAUGAUUGAUGUUGUUGAGAAGCCAAAGUAUGAAACUCAGCAACAACAACAACAGCAGCAACAGCAGGAGCAGCAACAGCAGCAACAACAACAACAACAACAACACGCUCCUCCCACUGAUCUAUACAAAUAUCGCGGCUUACCUAAAUCUCCCAAAUUUUCAAAACCACACACCCCGUUCAUGUUGCAACCCAAGAUCACUCCAGUUAAUCAGAAGCCAUACUUAAGUAAAGCUACAGCACGAUACUCAUUCAAACCACAAGAGGAAGGCGAGUUGUAUUUCCGCAAGGGUUGGCAAAUGUAUAUCAUUCACAAACAAGAAGAUAAUUGGUUUGUGUGUGAGUUGGGUCCAAAUUGUGAACAAUAUAAUGGCCAGAUUGGAUUAGUGCCGGGAAACUAUAUCAUUGAGCAAUGA